AUGCGGAACCUCAAGACGAUAGCUUAUCGGGAAAGCCAACUUCCCGAUGGCCUGCCACUAACAGCAACAGCAUGGGACACGACGAAUGACACGAUCGUUUGUGCAUUUGGUCCGACGCCCACAAACCCUGUCAUCGAGCUCAGACGAAGAACUGGACACUCGUCUCUCAACGAGGAUUUUGCGACUAUCGCGUCUUGGGAUUCUCCCUGCCCCCUGCCCGAGCUGGAAUGCGAUGAAAUCGUCCUGCUUCAGCACUUCUCCGACAAUGCGACAUCUUGUCUCGUCUUGGCAGGCGGAGAUGUGGUGGUCGUUCGUGAAGAUCCAUUGCCGGACCAGGAGAAGAUUGAGAUCGUUGGUUCCGUUGACGCUGGCAUCUGUGCGGCCGCCUGGGCACCCGACGAAGAAAUAUUGGCCAUCGUGACUCGGGCUGACACGCUUGUAUUAAUGAGCAGGACCUUCGAGCCGCUGAAUGAAGCUACCCUCUCACCUGACGAUCUGAAAGUGUCCAAGCAUGUCUCAGUCGGCUGGGGCCAGAAGGAAACGCAGUUCCAGGGACGACGGGCCAAAGCCAUGCGAGAUCCCACCGUACAGGAGAAGGUUGAUCAAGGGGAGCCUAGUCCUUACGAGCACGGUGAUGUGGCGCUCAGCUGGCGAGGCGACGGGCAGUACAUUGCUGUCAACAGUAUGAUUCCGGGCCAUCGGCGAGUCAUCAGAGUGUUUACGCGGGAGGCUGCACUCGAUAGUGCUAGCGAACCCGUCGAUGGCAUGGAGUCCGCGCUGAGUUGGAAACCCUCAGGCCAACUCAUCGCCAGCGUCAAGCGGUCUGACGCGAAGGUUGAGGUCAUCUUCUUCGAAAGGAACGGUCUCCGGCAUGGUCAAUUCGAUCUCCGGGUGACGAGAGAAGAGAUGGACUCGUGGGCAUCCAGGAUUUCUCUCGCGUGGAAUACCGACUCAUCCGUUCUGGCUGUCUCAUUGAAGGACCGAACACAGCUCUGGACUACGGGCAACUACCAUUACUAUCUCAAACAAGAGCUUUCAUUUGGUUCCACAUCCGGAAUGAAACCCUUGAAAUGGCAUCCGGAAACACCGUUGAGGAUCGCGUGUGGCUACACGAAACGGCUAUAUGACUUGACAUUCCUGUCCACAGUGUCUCGAGGAAGCACGAUCGCUCCAUAUGAUAUUGGGACUGUAGCAGUCAUUGACGGUAGGACGCUGAAGCUCACUCCUUUCAAGCAAGCUGGGGUUCCACCGCCAAUGGCAUUCUGUGAGGCGGCAUUCGGUCACAGUAUCAUUGACUGUGCCAUCAGUCAAGACGGCCUGAAAAUCGCCGUGCUGACCACAACAACAGUCGAGUUAUGCGACUGGAAGACUCGUACGACCGUCAAAGGCGAUCUGAAGCUCACCGAGACAGUCGUGUCCCGAAGUGUCCCGUUUCCGACGAUCAGCGCCGGCGCAGGCCAGUCGAUGACUUCCCACUAUUCGCAGAUCGCUCUUAGGGGCAACGAAGUUUUCAUUCUCUCACCCAUGCAGCGCGUGGCCACAGCGUCCUGCUACAAGUUAAGAUGGUCGUCGGAGAUAACUAUCCCACCCUGGGAACAAGUUCGUGUCCCUGACACUUCGGUGAGCCUGAUCGUGGACACCUUUGAGGAGGCCGUCUUCGUGACCCAACCAGACAAGUCCGCGACAGUUUUGCUCUCAGAGGAUCCUGAGCCCGGGGUUACCCAGUCCACCGACUUGAAAGGCAGCCAACCCAACAGCUCCAUCUUCUCUCUUCGCGAGACGGAUACGACGCACCUGAACGGCGAAACGAACGGGCACAUCAUAAAACACCACAAGGUCUCCCUGACAUCCAAAGGCAGUCUCUACAUCGACGAGACCCUCUUCGUGCGUGAAGUGACCUCCUACGUCCUAACUUCAGCGCACCUGGUCUUCACCACGUCGUCACAUCUUCUGAAAUUCGUACACCUUACAGAUGACCCGUCCACGAUGCAAGUCCCGCCCGACACGCCCGAGGUGGAUGAACGGUGCCGGAACAUCGAGCGAGGCGGCAAGAUCGUCACAAUCAUACCCUCCGUCUACGCCGUGAUCCUACAGAUGCCACGCGGAAACCUUGAAACCAUCUAUCCCCGUCUGCUUGUCCUGUCAGGUAUCCGUCAACAUCUCAAGGAGCAAGACUAUCGCGCUGCAUUUCUAGCGUGCCAAACUCACCAAGUCGACAUGAACAUCCUGCACGACUACGACCCGGAGACAUUCCUCUCCAACGUGCCGAAAUUCAUCGACCAGGUCAAGAAGCCCGGCCGUGUCGAUGAAUUCCUCUCCAAGCUCAAAGACGAGGACGUCACGAAGACGUUGUAUCGGGAUACGACCCUGCCAGCCACUACCACGGCCAGGGCUACCGCUCAACCUCAAUCCCAGGACCCUCGCCAACAGCAGCCCGCGCCAGGCAGCAAAGUGAACAGAAUCGCCGAUGCGUUCCUCUCGGCGCUGUCGGCCCGACCCUCGUUGUCGUCAAUCCAGACCAUCAUAACCGCGCAUGUGUGCAAGCGGCCUCCUGACCUGACUUCGGCCCUAUCGUUGAUCUCUCGCCUCGUCCGCACGCCAGAAGGAAGAGAAGAGGCCGACACGGCCAUCUCACACCUCUUCUUCCUCACGCCCAACCCGAACGUGCUAUUCGAUCACGCGCUAGGCACCUACGACCUCGAACUCACUUUGCUGGUCGCGCAGAACGACACCUCGCGGGAUCCCCGCGAGUAUAUGCCCUUCCUGCAAUCGCUGCACGCCCUCGCGCCUCUCCGCCGGCAACACACGAUCGACAACCAUUUGAAAAAGUACGCCAAGGCAUUAAUCUCCCUGCACGCGCUGGGCGAGCACGACGAAGUCAAGGCCUACGUGGUCAAACACGCGCUCUACACUCAAGCACUAGAUCUCUACAAGUACGACACGGCAGGACAACAUCUUGCGGCGAUCACGCGCCUCUACGCAGAGUAUCUGUGCACGCAGAAGUCGCAGCCCAACCACGCAGCCACGCUGUACGAAUCCCUGGGCGACUUCGCGGCCGCGUACCCGCUGUACGCGCGCGCACACAAGUGGCGCGAGAGCCUGACAUGCGCGGCCCUCGCGGCGUCCUUGGACGGACCCCAGCUCCGCACCCUAGCCCAGUCGCUCGCGACAACCAUGGCCGAUGAGAACAGGGACUACCGCGCCGCGGCGGCGAUCUACACCGACUACCUCGCCAACCCGACGGAAGCGGCGCGCCUGCUCUGCCGGGGCUCGUACUUUGCCGACGCUCUCCGAGUGUUAUCUCUCCACGCGGCUCUGGCCGACGAGAUCCCGCGUGUCGUCGACAGUGGCUUGACCGACAAGGUGGGCGAGAUCCUGGAACUGCAAGCGGACUGCCGAGCACAGCUGUCGGCUCAAAUCCCCAGGAUCAUGGACCUGCGGAAGAAGAAAGAGGACGAUCCCCUGGCGUUCUAUGGCGGCGACGCCUCCUCCGUCCCGAUCGGUGAAGACGCGGCGGGCCCGAACGUGGACAUCCCGGAUAACGUGAGCUUGGCGCCCACGGACGCGAGCACCCUGGGCGGACAGUCGCUGUUUACGCGGUACGGGUCCAACGCGUCCAAGUUCGGCGGCACCGUCGCGAGCAAUGUGUCGCGCAGGACGAGCAAGACCAAGCGACGCGAGGAGAGAAAGCGCGCGCGUGGCAAAAAGGGGAGUGUGUACGAGGAGGAAUACCUCGUCGCCUCUGUGGGGCGGCUCAUCGAACGAGUGAACGGGUUGCAUGACGAAGUGGGCCGGCUGGUGCAGGGCCUGUUGAGGCGUGGGAUGAGGGAGCAGGCGCGGCUGGUGGAGAAUGGGAUGAGGGAGAUCUGUGGGGCUUGUGAGAAGGCGAGGGUUGAAGUCUGGGGGGAGGUGAACGAGGCUGUCGUGGCAGAGGACCAGGCAGGCACGUAUGAUAUCGACGGCCAGGGUCGGCCGCCCGGUGCGGACGGUGUGUUCUGGGAUAGUCAGCAGGAAGUGGGAAGAAAGGAGCCGCCGAUGGUGAAGAGCUGGAGCGGAAGUGAGCUCAUUGCUUAG